UGAUCAGCAUGAUAUGAGCAUGCUUAGUAGAGAAGUACUUCUAGUUCUCUUUUUCUAAUUCACUUUCUCUGAGGAAGCAAGCACUCUUAUUUGGAUGCUGGUGUGGACUGUGCCUAGUCUGAAUUUGUCUGAUUUCUUCUUUUAUCCCUAUGGAUCCAUUCUUCAUUCUGGCCCUUGCUCUUUCAUCAAAACCCAUGAUUUUUAUCAAUCCUCCAUGGACCACUUUCUUCAAAGGGGAAAAGGUGCUUCUGACAUGCAAUGGAUCACAUUUCUAUGCACCAGGAAAGACAAAAUGGUACCACAAGGGGAAAAUGCUCCAAGAAACUUCUGGAAACAACAUAAGGGUUAAUAGUUCUGGAACAUAUAAAUGUACGACCAACAAUUCACCCCUUAGUGACUCUGUAACCUUGACCUUUUCUCCAGUUCUUUUGAUCAUGCGGAUUCCAUACCCUGUAUUUGAAGGAGACAGUCUGAUUCUUCAGUGCCAGGAAAAAGAUAACAGUACUUUGACCCAGGUGACAUACUACAAGAAUAAAAAACCUUUUUCUGCUUUUAAUCAAAAUUCAUCUGUCUUUAUCCCACAAGCAAGAUUAAGUGAUAGGGGUCGAUAUUCCUGUACUGCAGUCAAACAUAAAUUAUGGAAGAUUAUUUCAAAUGAAGCGGUUCUACACAUCCAUGAGCUGUUUUCACAUCCAGUGCUGGAAACAACAGAUUCCCAGCCCAUAGAGGGGAGUGCGGUGACUCUGAGGUGUGAAAUCUGGAUCCCUCCACAGAAAUCAAACAUCCAACUUCACUUCUCCUUCUUCAGAGAUCCCAGAAUCAUGCUAUUGAGCCAUUCUAUAGCUGGAGAAUUCCAGAUCUCAAAAUUCUGGAAGGAAGACUCAGGGUCUUAUUGGUGUGAGGUAGAAACUGUGUAUCCUCAGGUUUACAAACAAAGUCACCCAAUAAUGAUGAGUGCAAGAAGAAUCCCCAUCACUGGAGUUCACAUAGAAGUGCAACCUCAUGGAGGGCAUGUGAUAGGAGGGCAGAAGCUGGUUCUUCUUUGCUCAGUAGCUGAAGGCUCAGGAACUAUCACAUUCUCCUGGUACAAAGAAGGCACAGAAGCCAUUCUGGAGAAGAAGAUUCAGCAGUCUUUGGUAGCAGAGUUCACAAUUUCUGCUGUGAGGGAGAAUGAUUCUGGGAAAUACUAUUGCACAGUUGACAACAAUAGCAGCCUUAUUCCCAGUAAUUCUGUGAGCAUUACUGUAAAAAGGAAUGGAAGGGGCUCAUUUAUAGCAGUAAUCACCGUAGCUCUGGGCAGUGUCCUUGGUUUUAUUGCUGUUGCUCUUCUGGUUUACUUCAAGCAUCAAAGGAAAUCAGGGCAAAAUUUUUCUACAGACCUGCCCAGGAGUCUUCCUAUCCAAAUCCAAGGAACUAUGGAAUCAAAUGCAUGUACACAGUUGAAAUUGCAAGAAAUACAUAGUGAUGAGACUCCAGUUGUUGAAGAUGUGAUCUAUUCAGAAGUCUGGAGUACACAGCAGGGAAAAGAAGAGGCGGCAGAUGCCUCAGAAAAGCCUCCACUUGACAAGGACUACUCAGUCAUCUACUUGGUAGUGAAGAAGACAGAAACUCAAGGAGACUCAACUGGGAGUUCCCAGAUUAUGAAUGAGAGCAAUAGAGAUACUACAGAUGGCUUUUAAAAUGUCCUACUUUCUUGAUCCAUCCAGAGCUUCGUGUUCAUGCUUGGCAUAUUCUUUAAAGAUCUUAGAGAUCUUUUACUUUACCAGUUCUUUCAGGAUUCUUUUAUUUAUUUCAUGGAGAAACUGGCACAGUUAUGGGAAAAUUUAGGCAGGAGGUCUAGUAUCCCAGAGAGAGCCCAUGACUUUUAAAAUUUCAUGUUUUUAUGAGUUGUAUCUGAACCCUUGUAUUCCUGAAGGACUGAAGGCAUUGAGGCAGAAAUGCCUCUCCAUUUUCACAUUGGGGAAACUGAUACAAAGGCACACACAUAUAUGUACACACAUAUGUACAUAUGUAUGUGUACAUAUGUGUGUACUGGAGAGGGAAAUGUCAAACCACCCCAGUAUCUUUGCCAAGAAAAUUUCAAAUGGUCUCACAGAGAGUUGGACAUGACUAAAAUGACUGAACAGCAUAUAUAAUAAGAAGAAUCAUACACAUUUAAUACAUAUUAUAUAUGGGCACAUAUAACAAUAAGCAAAUACCAUAAGAUAAUAUAGAGCCUAGAUAUGAAACUUCAUUGAUACAGAAAACUCCCAAAUUAGGAAACUCCUUCUACCAAUUCAAACCAGCUUUCUCUGCAUAUAUAUGUAGUAUUUAUAUCGAUAGAUAUAUAAAUCAUUUUCAGAUUUUCCCUACCUCACAUUUGUGUUGCUCUGGGUAACUAUUUUCUCAAUCAACCAUUGCCUUCUUUUGACUUUGAUAAGAAUUACUGUAAUUAUCUGAACUGUACUACUGCUGUAUGAAUUUUUAACUGUAAAAAUAAUGACCAAUCUUAUUAUUGUUAUUGUCAUCAUCAUCAUCAUCAUUGUAUUAUGAUUAUUUAUUGUAUACUGAUACUAAAAGUAUAAAUGCUGCCCCCUUCCCAUUUUGGGAACCUUCUUUUAAAGCAGAAGAAAUAUUUGUAUUACGUAUGGCUUAUUGGAAUUCUUUUGUUAUAGAUUUUUAAUGGUUUAUCAUAAUUUUUUUUUUCUGAGCUAAUAGUUUUCUUUGAAGUACAGUUGCUUAUAGUCUCAUAAACUUGUUUUCCAAGAAUGUAACUGGUGGUUUUUCUUUCUCCUGAUUUAUGUAAAAAUUCCUGUCCUAUCCCCAUUCUUAAGGUAAUGGUAGUUUUUGUCAAGGUUCUUUUCAGUUUAUUUAUUAGCUCUAGAACAGAGCAGAUAAACAAUCUUGAGAUGAUCAUCCCAAAGUCACUGAUUGUAUUACAGACAAAGGUUAAUUAUGGGAAGGAGGUCUCUAGCAAGUGCCUGCAGCUGAGGUCACAGAGAAUCGGAAAUAUAAGUCUAGACUGAGAUUGCCACAAAGACUAAUUAAGACUGGGGGGGGGAGGGGGAAGUCUGUGAGUCUGUAAGUGUCCUAGGCUCCUAGGCAAUUAAUAACCCUUCAAAAAGUGUCCUUUAGCUCAGGCUCUGGUACCAUGGCCGAUUAGCAUCUGUAAAUCUUUUAGAACACUUGAUCAAAUUCCUUGCAAAUGAAAAGCAAGGGACUUCAGCCAUUGCGCAUUUUCUCUUUGUAAACAAGAACAAUCUAGUCUCAAGUUGCUUUGGUGCCAAAGACAGGUCCUUUGACCCUCUCACAGAUACUAGUUCAUAUAUUUAGUCUAAAAAAAUCUGGUGGAGAAAUAGAAACUUUCCAAUCUGAAAAGAUCUAUGACCCUCAUUUGAAAGCACUCAAUAAAGGGAGCUUGUAGCAUUCAUGUUCUGGGGACUUGCUGUUUAUUCAAGAUGAAGCUUUUGUAGUUAGUAGUUUUUCAGUUGUGUCUGACUCUUUGUAACCCUUUUUGGGGUUUUCUUGGCAAAGAUA